AUGAGACCAGGGAUCGGCCUCGAUAACAAUACAACAGAGCCACCACGCCCUCGCAAGCCGUCCAAUGCCGACUCGCACCCGCCCUCAUUAGUUGGUGAUCGCGACCGCCAUUGCAAUCCUGCUACUACUUUCUUCCUCUCACGAGAUCCUGAUGCCUCCGUCAAGCCGCACCACUCCGACCGGAGUGCUGGAGGGCCAUCGUCGACAUCGCCCUUGAGCAGUCUGCAGGAUACCAUCGAGGAAGCCGACCGCGAACGGCCUUCCAUCAAGCACACCACACCCCGACAAGCUGAGACCUCAAGCGUAACAAGGAGUGGGAGUCGACGCCGCUCAACCAUCAAGCCCGGGACGAACUGUGAACGCUUCCGACGAGGCUCUUCCAGCGCAAACCCCGAGAUCAACGCUAUCCCACCUCAAACCCUCCUCGAGAGAGCUGUCACUCCGUCGCCCUUACCUUCGCGAGACAUUUCUCUACCCGGCAGCCCGAAAUCCCUCGCCUCGCGGAAAUCGGAACAGACGAGAUCGUCUGCCAACUCCGACGAUGAGUUGUUGACUAAUGCGGAUGAGACGGGCAGUCAGGCAAUACUGUCCAGUGGUGACGAAGACGAAAAUGAGGCUAGAGCUGGGCGAGUCGGUGGUGUUGAAAUGUUGUCUUCAAUGGGAGGCGGAGUACAGGACAGCCAACCGGAACUUAUCAUGCCCAGUAUCAAGAUGCCGUCCAGGCGGCCUUUCACAGAAAGGGGGAAGAGAUUGGGAAGAUUUAAGAUUAUGGUUGCAGGUCGCAAAGGCGUGGGAAAGACAUCUCUCAUAAAAUCUAUCGUCCAGCUCUGCGAAGACAUUGUCCACGUCGAUCCGAUUAUGGCCGCGAGCUCGUCUCACGCUUCCCACCGGACCCCAACCAGUGUCUCAGAGGCAGUUAACGAGGUUUAUGCCUCGACAAAACCGUAUCCGGUAUGGUGGUCCACAAUCGAGGAGUCUCGCAUCCUGCGCCGGCGCAAAUCGAUGGGAGACUCCGUGCUUGAACGAAACAUCUGCUUUGUGGACACCGGUGAUUCCGCUAAGCUGGAGAGGCUCGUUCACUAUGCAGAGCAACAGCUCGUGAAUGCCAUGGUGAGUGUUGAUCAGCUCACGAGCGAGUUCUCAGGGUUGUUGAGCGGGCGGGGCGCGAGUCAGGUCGACGUGGUCUUGUAUUUGAUCUCGAAAGAUACCAUGCAAGACGACUGCGAAUGUAUUCGCCAGUUGUCUGAACUAUGCAACAUCAUUCCUCUGAUCGCAAAGUCGGAUCUCCUCACUCUUGAAGACCAGCAAUACAUCAAACAGAGUCUGGACCCCAGCAUGUCCAGCUUACCUCGACUCCCGAUAUCCAUACCCUCGACAGCGGAAUCAGUCGCAUUCACCCCAGAGCCCACCCAAGCCACAGCGACACCGCCAGCAACAGCACCCUUCACAGUAACCUCAACGAAUGGUCCCGACCUCGACACGAUGGACGCUUCCCUCCUCAUGUCCCCUGAAUACAUCCAACCGCUCCUGCCCUCCGAGCUCAGGUUGCUCGUAGAAUCAAUGUUUGAGCCUGAGACAGUCGCUUACUUACGCCACACCGCGGCGAGGAAAGUCGUGACUUGGCACCUGGCACAUCCACGACUGACCUCCGUGCCAUCGCCUUCUCUCCCGUCACAAUCGUAUAACGCCUCGAUGCGGAAUUCAACGCUCACCUCUCCACUGCAAACACCACUAAGCACUUCGAACUCUGGCGUGUUGAUCCCUGUGGGGUCAGAAGUCUCACUCAACACAUCGAACUCUUGGGCACUGGCCAAAGUCGCCGACCACACGCAACGGGAGGAAAGGCUGGCGCAGAUGCGGCUAAGCAAAUGGGCGAGUGAAUUACAGUUGAGCCUGCAAAGGGAAAGGGAGCGGUACGAGCGGUUGGCACGAGGCGAGAGAGCUGUCUGGCUGGUGGAAAGAAUGGGAGAAGAAGUCCGCGACGGCACGAUCGUGCCUCUGCAGCAGGGAGACAACGCGCAGGCCCUUGUGAGAAAGGGCGGCAAAAUCGGCAGGGCAUAUGGUGUCGAAGUGAUGCCCAGCUAUCAAAUGCAGGAUCCGCUGGGGCUGUUGAGAUGGCAGGACAGCAUGCGUGCACGGGGGUGGAUUGCACUGCAGAUUGUGGGCAGUUUCGGCGUUGUUGGUGGAAUAGCAUUCUGGUUGGCGAAGCAUUUCGGCGCGACUAGUAUUGUUAACGAAUGGUGGACGCAAGGCUGGCAUUACUUUGGUUGGCAUGAUUGA